AUGGUAGAAAUCUCUAUGGAAGAAAUGGAGAAACUUCAUGAUGAAGUUAAUAAAUUUCUCAGGAAAGAUAACAGAUCACUUUAUCUUAAAAUGGCAUAUGAGAAAGUCUUAUUUUCAGUAGUAUUUACUGGAAAGAAAAAAUACUAUGAUAUCUCACAUGAAAGCAAGCUGAACUUUAAUAAAAAGCCUUUUAUUCAAGAGGUGAAUAAUAUACGUAUCUUACAUCAAAUCAUAGAGGAUGUUCUUAGGGAAUCUGUAAAGGAUAUUUCUCAGACAGAUCUUAAUGAUUUAAUUAAAACUGCU